UUUAUUUAUAUUACCAGGUGACUGUGAGAAAACGAAACAGUCCGUGUGUCACAAGACCAGACCAUGUGAGUAGACAAGAAAAAAAUUAUGAAAACUAUUUUAGCAUUAUGGUUCUUGCCAGAAACAAAGAUGGCAGCGCAGGAGCAUCAAUCCAUUACCAGUGAGCUAGUCAACCUGUAGCCCUACCUCUUUAGUCAUGUUUGUGCCCUGAUGUCAUCACACGGAAGUGUUUCCUUAUGAUAGAGGGACGCAGCUUGAGACAGCUAAGGUGAUUUAAGGAAAUUCGUAACUGAACAAAAUGCAGAGCACAGCAAAUUAUCUCUGGCUACUAUCUGAUAUGCUAGGACAAGGAGCAACGGCAAAUGUGUUCCGUGGGCGUAACAAAAAAACUGGGGACCUGUAUGCAGUAAAAGUAUUUAACAAUUUAAGCUUCCUUCGCCCUGUGGAUGUUCAAAUGAGAGAAUUUGAGGUGUUAAAAAAGCUCAACCAUAAGAAUAUUGUCAAACUGUUUGCGAUUGAGGAAGAGAUGUCAAGUCGUCAUAAAGUGCUGGUUAUGGAAUAUUGCCCAUGUGCAAGUUUAUAUUCAGUGCUAGAAGAACCGUCAAAUGCAUAUGGCUUGCCUGAAUCCGAAUUCCUUAUUGUAUCACGUGAUGUUGUGGCAGGGAUGAACCAUCUCAGGGAAAAUGGGAUUAUUCACCGAGAUAUCAAGCCAGGAAACAUAAUGAGAGUAAUUGGUGAAGAUGGCCAAUCUGUUUACAAACUGACAGACUUUGGUGCCGCAAGAGAGCUGGAGGACGAUGAGCAGUUUGUUUCUCUCUAUGGCACUGAAGAAUAUUUGCACCCAGACAUGUAUGAACGUGCUGUGCUCAGAAAAGAGCAUCAGAAAAAGUAUGGUGCAACAGUGGACCUGUGGAGCAUUGGUGUGACUUUUUACCAUGCAGCUAGUGGAAGUCUUCCUUUCAGACCAUUUGAAGGACCACGCAGGAACAAGGAAGUCAUGUAUAAAAUAAUUACGGGGAAACCAUCUGGUGCAAUUUCUGGAGUUCAGAGGGCAGAAAAUGGUCCCAUUGAAUGGAGUCGGGAUUUACCCAUUUCCUGUAAUUUGUCCAUUGGCCUGCAGUCUUUAUUCACCCCAGUUCUUGCAAACAUCCUUGAAGCAGAUCAGGAGAAGUGCUGGGGUUUUGAACAGUUUUUCACAGUAACAAAUGAAAUCUUUGAUCGUAUUGUGAUUCACGUCUUCUCACUUCAGCAAAUGACGCUACAUAAGAUUUAUAUCCACGCAUACAACAAAGCUUCAGAUUUUCAUGACUUGGUUUACAAACAGACAAAGAUCCCGUCUCAGCACCAGGAAUUAUUGUACGAGGGCAGGAGACUGGUUCUAGACCAAGGAACCCAAGCGCAGCAUUUUCCCACCACAACAGAAGAAAACCCUAUUGUGGUGGUGACCAGCGAGAUGGUGAACAUAAUUGGAUUACGAUAUGAAGAAAUUAUGAUUCCAAAACUACAUCCUCAUUAUGAUUUGGAUAUUGAUGCCAACAUGGCCAAGGCGGUAACUGGGGUUGUUUGCUAUUACUGUAGAGUUGCUGCAUCUCUGAUGCUCACACAGGAGCUCAUGAGGAAAGGCAUUCAUUGGUUAACUGAAAUAAUGAAGGAGGAAUACAAUGACACAUUUCACAAGAAUACUGAAGUUGCUCUCAAGUUUAAAUUCUGCAUCAGAACCAUCGAAAAAGAUCAGAAAAUAUAUGAACAUCUGAUGCAGAGUGUUGAGUCAGACCUUUACGAAAUAAAUGCCAAGCUCCUGCGUCUUUCCAGCCCACAGGAAAAGCUUCAGUCAGCACUACAGGAUAUCAAGAACAAGCUAUGCCCUGGAGGACUGCUCACUGAUUUGUGGACCAGCAUUGAGGGCUCACACCCAAGUGACAGAAAUGUUGAAAAGUUGCAAGUUCAUCUAAGUUCGAUAACAGAAAUCGCCUUUCAGUUUAAAAAGGAUAAAGCGCAACGCAGGCUUCCGUACAAUGAAGAACAGAUCCACAAAUUUGACAAGCAAAAGCUUAGCAUACAUGCGACAAAAGCCUUCUCUUUUUUCAAGGAUGAAUGUAUCGGUAAAUAUAAUGCAUUCUGCAGUAAAGCACAGGAGUGGAUGAGGAAGAUGCAUGUUUUAAGGAAACAGUUAUUGGCACUCACAAGACAGUGUUUUGACAUUGAAGAUGAAGUCUCAAAGUGUGAGCACUAUAUUAACGAGUAUCAGCAAACUAUGCCACAGAAGAUAUUUGCUACCUCGGGUGGAAUAAAACCAACUGUGAAUCCAAUUUAUACAAGUCCCAAUACUUUGGUAGAAAUGACUCUUGGAAUGCGUAAAUUAAAGGAAGAGAUGGAAGGUGUUGUCAAAGAGCUUUCAGAAAACAAUCAUAUUUUGGAACGAUUCGGAGCCCUGACGAUGGAUGGCAGCUUUCGGAAUGUGGAUUGCAUGUAGCACUUGAGAAGCGGACAGCUCAUUUUGCCACAAGUGGCAUUACUAUGGACUUUGUACUUUUAUCACUCAUAAUAUUUCCAUGCCAGAUAUGUGUGUAUAUAUGUAUUAUAUUGUGAAUAAAUGCAGUGCAUUCUUUUAGGUUAAGAUACUAAUGAUUGUCUAGUUCUAAAUACUGUAAAACAGUGUAAGUUUCAAAGGUUCUGUAUUCAAAACAUCUGUAUGAUUAUUGGAAUUUGAUUCCAUGUGAUUCACUGUAGUGAAAUCUUUAGUAAAUCAUUGGUAAAUACCAAA